CAGUAACCUUCCUCUUUCCCAAACCCAAAAGAAGGGUCCGAACCGGGUUCGAGAAAAAAAAACCAACGGAAACGUGAUAUGAAUUAUGGAAACAGGCAUCACCGACCGCCACAACGCAACCGCGAUCUCUAACAAUUCUCACUCUCCGCCAGAUCUCUCUUUCUCUGAUAACCUAAUCUUCAUAAGAAAGACGAUCUCACCGAUAUAUGCGAAUUCCGACUCUAAAACCCUAUAAUCCACCGUUCUGAGCAUCGGAUACAUUUUCUCUCAUUUUCCGAUCGUCCUCUUCGGCUGUCUCAGUAAACGUGGUAGUCCGUUUUAGAUCCUGAUCGAUAUUUUGUAGUGUCAUAUAUUUUUCGCCAUAUUUGGCUUCGGUUUCGCAGUGUGAUCGCUUGUGAGGUUUUAGUUGACUUUCGUGCUGUUUGAAGAAAUUAGCGAGUUAGUUGUUUGAGAAGUGAGAAAUGCAGCGUGCUCCAGUGACAGUUGAGGAGCAGUUAUUGCAAAAAGCAGUUAAGGAAGAGUGUCCAUGGGAGAAUCUUCCAAAGCGACUUCAAGCUACUCUUUCUUCCAAAGACGAAUGGCACCGAAGGAUAAUUGAAUGCUGCAUAAAGAAGAGACUUCAAUGGAAUAGCUGUUUUGCCCGUAAAGUUUGUAAAGAAAGUGAAUAUUAUGAAGAUAUGAUGCGUUACUUGCGGAAGAAUCUUGCUCUGUUUCCUUAUCAUCUAGCGGAAUAUGUUUGCCGUGUAAUGAGGGUAUCACCUUUCAGAUAUUAUUGUGAUAUGAUUUUUGAAGUAAUGAAAAAUGAGCAACCUUAUGACAGCAUCCCAAAUUUUAGUGCAGCGGAUGCUUUAAGACUUACAGGAAUUGGGAGAAAUGAAUUUAUUGAUAUAAUGAACAAGUGCAGAUCUAAGAAAAUCAUGUGGAAACUGAACAAAUCAAUUGCAAAAGAAAUGUUGCCUACGCUACCUGUAGAUUUUCCUAUUGAACCUUGGUGGGGAGUUUGUCUGGUGAACUUUACUUUGGAAGAAUUUAAGAAACUCUCCGAAGAUGAAAUGGCCACUAUAGACAAAGUAUGUAAGGAGGAAGCAAAUUCAUUUAUCCUGUUUGAUCCUGAUGUUGUAAAGGGUCUCUGUAGACGUGGAUUGAUCUAUUUUGAUGUUCCUGUGUAUCCUGAAGAUCGGUUCAAAGUUUCAAGGCUUGAAGGUUUUGUUUCCAAUAGGGAGCAGUCUUAUGAAGAUCCUAUUGAAGAGUUAUUGUAUGCAGUCUUUGUCGUUUCAAAUGAAAAUGCAUCUGUUGCUGAAUUGGCAACAACCCUACAGGCUGACUUGUCACAACUGCAGGCUGCUGCAUCAUUUGUAUGUCGAUUGGGAUGGGCAACAAAAGUCUUUGAUCCAUCAUCUAUUCUUCAAGAGACAAGUAUACCUGGGUCUCCUAGAAGUGCUGUUAGUGAUGAAGAUAUUUCUCUUGCUAGUCAUGGUUUUGACAGUAUGCAUAUUGAUAACGAUAAUCAGGGGGAUGCUUCAGGUUCAGGCAACUAUGGCCCUCGUUCGCCCUAUACUCGUGUUGCCUUCAUAGUUGAUGCCAAUAUAACAUCCUAUCUUAUGAUGGGUUCUGUUUCACCAGGUCUAAAAUCUCAUGCUGUUACGCUAUAUGAAGCAGGGAAAUUGGGUCAUGCCAGCAUUGCUGAUCUUUGCGAGGAUCUUAGCACUUUAGAAGGUGCAAAAUUUGAGGGAGAACUGCAGGAGUUUGCCAAUCAUGCAUUCAGCCUGCGUUGUGUAUUAGAAUGUCUGCAAUCAGGUGGAGUUGCUUCUGAUGUACAAGUUGAGGAACAAUUUGAUAAGAUGAUUAAGGCUACUCCAAGCAAUGAUGAGUCAAGCUCUCUAACUGCUGAAAUAUCUUUGGCUGAAGAAUCAGGAGACUCUGGCAUCACAGAAGCUGAGACAUAUAAUGAUGAUUUAUUGAGUUUAGAUUUGGAGAAGUCUGCAGAGGCUUUGGUUUCCUCUGAAGCUGUUCCAAAUGCUGGAACCAGUUCUGUUACAUUGGAAGGUGAUGUCAAUGACAUACAGGAAUCCAGUAAAGAUGAAAAUCUCCAAAAUGAUGAGAAACCAAUGGUUGGAACAGAAAUGCUAAAGACAAAAAAGAAAUAUCGUGUAGAUAUUCUCCGCUGUGAAAGCUUGGCUUCUCUUUCAUCAGCAACCCUUGAUCGUUUGUUUGUUCGCGACUAUGAUAUAGUUGUGUCUAUAGUGCCUCUUCCUCAUUCGUCAAUUCUUCCUGGACCUGGAGGUCCAGUUCAUUUUGGUCCCCCCUCAUAUUCCUUUAUGACUCCUUGGAUGAAAUUGAUAAUGUAUUCAACUGUAGCUAGUGGGCCUCUAUCAGUUGUUCUGAUGAAAGGACAAUGUCUGCGCUUUCUUCCUGCUCCAUUGGCUGGUUGUGAGAAAGCUCUCAUAUGGUCAUGGGAUGGUUCCACAGUUGGAGGGUUAGGAGGGAAACUUGAAGGAAAUUUAGUGAAAGGAAGUAUACUUUUGCAUUGUUUAAAUUCACUUCUUAAACAUUCAGCCGUGCUUGUGCUGCCUCUUAGUAAGUUUGAUCUUGACAAAUCUGGAAAAUUGAUCACUAUGGAUAUCCCUUUGCCCUUAAAGAAUGCUGAUGGCUCAAUUGCUCCUGUUGGAAAAGAGUUAGGAAUAUGUGAAGAGGAAAGUUCAAAGCUGAAGUCUCUAGUGACCGAUUUGGCAAACAAGAUGGAACUGUGGACAGUUGGAUAUAUCCGCCUACUUAGAUUGUUUACUGAAAGAGAGUCUGACAAGUUUUCACCCGAUGAAGAGAAGUAUGAUUGGGUUCCAUUGAGUGUUGAGUUUGGGAUGCCAUUAUUUAGCCCACGGUUGUGUAAUAAUAUAUGUAGAAGAGUGGUUUCGUCUGAGUUGCUUCAAUCUGGAUCAUUUGGUGAACACCAUAAUUCAAUGCAAAGCUUAAGGAGAAAAUUACAUGACAUUUGUGCCGAAUACCAAGCAAUAGGUCCUGCUGCUAAGGUACUUUACCAGAAGGAGCAAGUUAAGGAAUAUUCACAACAGCUUAUGAACUAUGCUAGUGGAAGAUGGAAUCCACUUGUGGACCCUUCCUCUCCCAUUUCAGGGGCAUCAAGUGAGCAUCAAAGGUUAAAACUUGCAAAACGACAACGUUCCAGAACUGAAGUUUUAAGCUUUGAUGGCAGUAUUCUUAGAUCUUAUGCCUUAACUCCUGUUUACGAAGCUGCCACAAGGACCAUUGAUGAAAACACUCCAACCAACACAAUAAAAGCUGAAACAGAUGAAAAUGAUAGUAAAGAAGUAAUUCAUCCUGGAGUAAAUCUUAUUUUUGAUGGUUCCGAGUUGCAACCGUUUGACAUAGGUGCCUGCCUCCAGGGACGUCAACCUAUUUCCUUAAUAGCAGAAGCAGCAGCUGCCUCAGCAUCUUUAGCAAUCAAAUAGUUCUGCAGUUGCUAUAGAAUACAGCACCGCGAUAUCCAUGCAUGCAUGGCUAUGCCAGUGAUUUCUACGGUCUGUUUUGUUUUCAUCUUCUAGCUUGUUGGUUGCCCACAAAGUUGGGCUCAGGUUGAAGGUUAGAUUUGUAUUUUGCUUGCAUGUAUUUUACCUGUUUUCUCACUAUUUCAAUGGUUGUAAAAUGCAUAUGUUCAACCUUCCAAGUAUGCUGCAGUCUUGCAACAGCCAUCCUUGAGGCUUACAGGCCCUGGUUUUCUAUUUGAAACAAGGAUGAAUUAAACGAAGCCCUAAUGAAUAUACUGAACUUGGUGAACUGAAAUAUUGUUAUUUUAAUUUAGCUACUUUGCUCUGCAGUUUCAAUCUAUGCUUGUCCAAUUUCCUGCGUUAAAUUACAGUACACUCUUGUUCAUAAGUGCAGGUUUCAUUUGUUUUGGGUUUCACUUGAUCAGGAAAUUGACCACAACAGUUAGAGUUGUGAAAAGAGGAAAUAUGUAAUCUUCGUCAAACAGUUCUAUAAAUAUAGAUGACAGGGUUUUUGCUCCUGUA